AUGUACAUGAUCAACUACAUGUUCCUUCCGCCCAAACUGCCGUGUCAGGAUGACUCUACUACAGAAAACGAGACAGCCCUGCUGAACACCACCAUCGAUGCUCUUCGUGAGUUCAGAGAACAUGUGACAGAUGAUUCCAAGGGUGCCGUCGACAUGGUGGUUGCGAUGGUCGCUAACAUGAUUGCCAUUGGUGAUACUCUGGAUGCCAGUCGGGCGGUCAAUGAGAGGAUCCUUUCCGAUGUUUUGAGAGAGUUGCCUACGAAAGGUGGCAUGAUACCCCUCCACAUUCGAGCCCAGAAUGCCGGGGUCAUGAUCAGCAAGGUAGCCGAUCGUAUCCACGUGGAAGUGUUUGAGCUGUCUCCUCUCAACGGACCAGUCCUUGCCACCAAAGGUCGACUUCGACACUCCUUUCCAGGAUUCGCUCUGGCUCUCGACCUCGAGGUGUUUUGUGAACCCGGUUUGCAAACGGCCAUGGCCCGCUCGCUCGCUAAAAUGAGCCAUCAGUCUGCUCCGGAUACGCAACCUAAAGUUCGCAAGGCUCGGUAUAUGCACGAUGAAAACCGAGACGCGACUCACCCCAAGAUUGUCACGGAGCUGUUCAUGGGAUUUCUGAGACCGAUGGGCGAAGAUAUGCCUGUCCCACUCCUAUGGAAGAACACUCGUGAAGAGGUCAUGUGGCGGGAUGCUCUGUUGCCGUGGCGAAGAUCCCCUGUCUGGUUGCUUCUCCGUGUCUCCAUGCAACUUGCCUUUUCUCGAUUGCCAGACUCGGAGAGGCGGUCUGCAGAAUAUUACAAGAGCUUCAUGGUCUUUCUCAUGGGAAAGGUGCUCCAGAUGGCUCCCCAGUGCCGAUUCCCCUGCGACCUGCUCUACGUGAUGAACGCUAAGCUCAGUCGCCGCCUCCUGAAGCUCGAUCCGUCGGACUCCGAAGCUGGCGUGGCCGUCGUUCACAGCAUCAUGCACGAUACCGCCAAACUGAUUCGGACGCGUUGGGAGAGCGUGGUACAACCGCCUUCGUCUCGAUAUGAUCUGUCAGUUCUCACGAGCCUCAAUUUCGAGCGGGAUAUCUCCACCCCCCUUCAUGACCUCGCAGAGUGUCUGCCUCUCAGUGUGAUGCAUCUCGAUCUCCCAGAACAGCGACAUACGAAUGCUUUGGUCCUGGAGCAUCUCCUCCGACCGGAGAAUUCUGUUAGGAGUAUGCCACUGCCAACCCGAGCAGGAGCUUGUGAUACGACAGCCGAGAGCUUACUGGCCAUGGUGAAUGAAAUGGACCCGCCAGCCCAAGUGAUUUUAGAUGUCGGAGCCCAGAUCCUGGAACUGGGGAACCUUGAAGUGGCGAGAGAGUGGCUGAAGAGAACCCAGGACCAUGAAAAGGCUCAGGCCGUGGUGUUUUUCAAUGACCAUGAUGAGCUUUCGGUCCUGGACCGCAAGGGACGAGUUGAACCUCUUCAAACCUCGCCAUUUGCCGCCCGGCUCGAUGUAUGUCUCGUCUUCCUGGAUGAGGCGCAUACAAGAGGCACCGACUUGAAACUGCCAGAGUUCUAUACGGCAGCCGUGACUCUGGGAGCACAAUUGACAAAGGACAGAUUAAUUCAAGCAUGCAUGAGGAUGAGAAAACUAGGCUACGGACAGUCAGUCGUGUUUUGUGUUCCAAAAGAGAUCCGCCGGCAAAUCCUGACACGCACAACACACUCCGAGAACACCACCACCGCUAUUGGUGUGUCCGACAUUCUCUGCUGGGCCAUGAUGGAAACGUGGCUUGAUGUUCUACGGAGCAUACCUCUGUGGGCUGUGCAGGGGCGACGGUUUGAACAACAACGUCCGCUGUGGGCUGGCGUCGGCAUUGACAGAGAUCUCGUCGUAUCAACCAGCUGGGCGAAACAGUUCCUCGAGGACGAAUCGCAGUCUCUGGACCAUCUUUACCGAGGAGGCCACCUCCUCGAAGCUGGUCGACCAAAACGUGAAUAUCCAGCGCAUCACAAAUUGAUGUUUGGAGUUCGACAACCUGGAAGCCAACGCGGCCACACUUCAAGAGGAACAGGAGCGUGA